CCACACUUCACCCUCACCCCCUCUCUCGUUUUCUCCGCCCCCUUCUUCGUCUCCUUUGGUUCUCUUCCUUUUAUUGAUCUCGCAUUCUCCCCUCACUUCUCUAUUCCUCAACACUCCCACCCACAUACAUAGAUACAGUUAUCCCUCUAAUCUAUCAAACACCAUUACUUACGACUACAAUAAUGGCUUCCGCUUUCUCUGCAGCCAAAAUCAUCCAGCCCUUACCCCUCAAUACCACCGCCAACAGAUCUCCUGAGAAUCCUCUUUUCGAUUCUCUCAAAACCACCACUUCCUCUUUCCUUGGAUCCACACACAAGCUCCGCCUCAACAAACCCAAUUCAGCUCGCUUAGACGCCCAACGUCGAUCUGCCUCAGUGGUUGCCGUCUCUGAUGUCGUCAAGGAGAAGAAGAACCUCAAAUCCAACGCCUACCUUCCCAAUCUGCUAAUUACUAAAGAAGAAGGCUUGGAGCUUUAUGAGGACAUGGUUCUGGGCAGAGGCUUCGAAGACAUGUGUGCCCAGAUGUAUUACAGAGGCAAAAUGUUUGGAUUCGUCCAUCUAUACAAUGGCCAAGAAGCCGUCUCAACUGGGUUCAUCAAGCUCUUGAAGAAGGAAGAUUGUGUGGUCAGCACAUACCGCGAUCACGUCCACGCUUUGAGCAAAGGGGUGCCUGCCCGUGCCGUGAUGAGCGAGCUCUUCGGCAAGACCACUGGCUGUUGCCGAGGCCAAGGUGGCUCGAUGCAUAUGUUCUCCAAAGAGCACAAUCUUCUUGGCGGUUUUGCAUUUAUUGGCGAAGGAAUUCCAGUGGCUACCGGGGCGGCAUUCACUAGCAAGUACAGGAGGGAGGUCUUGCAAGAGGCUGAUUGUGAUCAUGUUACUUUGGCGUUUUUCGGAGAUGGGACUUGUAACAAUGGGCAGUUCUUUGAGUGCUUGAACAUGGCUGCAUUGUGGAAAUUACCAAUUAUCUUUGUCGUGGAGAACAAUUUGUGGGCUAUUGGGAUGUCCCAUUUGAGGGCCACGUCCGACCCAGAAAUUUGGAAGAAGGGCCCGGCAUUUGGGAUGCCAGGGGUUCAUGUGGAUGGGAUGGAUGUCUUGAAGGUGAGGGAGGUGGCAAAGGAGGCUAUUUCAAGGGCUAGGAGAGGGGAAGGCCCAACUUUGGUUGAAUGUGAGACUUACAGGUUUAGGGGACACUCUUUGGCAGAUCCCGAUGAGCUUCGUGACCCUGAUACUCUGUUCUUGUUUAGCGCCGCUGCAGCUGAACGGGACUUUCCCUUUUUUCCUGAAUCUGAUCUAUCUUCUACUGGGUCUGAUGAGAGCGAGGAUGCUGGGACUCAUAUCAAGAAACGCAAGAAAGAUGGUUCAUCAUUUCCUUCAUNAUCUUCUACUGGGUCUGAUGAGAGCAAGGAUGCUGGGACUCAUAUCAAGAAACGCAAGAAAGAUGGUUCAUCAUUUCCUUCAUCCAGAUCUUUCCUGGGGAAAGUUUUGUUUUUCUCUACUGAGCAAAAAUUGAUGGAUCUACUAUCAGCGACUGAGAAAGAGAGGGAUGAGCUGAAGGAGGAGAACUUGCGUUUGAAAGAGAGGAUAGCCGAACUGCAGAGAAGACUAGGAAUUUUGCUUUGA